AUGGGGAACAUCCUCAAGACUAUCCUGGCCUUCAUCCCCGCAGAACGCUGCCAAAGCUACGUGGUGGGAGACCUCCGGGAGAUGCCCCUUGACAAGAUGGUGGACCUCAGUGGGCACCAGCUUCGCCACUUCCCUGCACAUGUGUGCUCUUUCCAGGAACUGGUCAAGCUCUAUUUGAGCGACAACCACCUCCACAGCUUACCUCCGGAGCUAGGGCAGCUGCAGAACCUGCAGAUCCUGGCCCUGGACUUCAACAACUUCAAGACAUUGCCCCAGGUGGUCUGCACUCUGAAGCAGCUCUGCAUCCUCUAUCUGGGCAACAACAAACUCUACGACCUCCCCGAGGAGCUGAGCAGGCUCCAGAACCUUCAGACCCUGUGGCUGGAGGCCAACUGCCUCACUCAGCUUCCCCAAGUGGUCUGUGAGCUGAGUCUCCUUAAGACCCUGCAUGCGGGCUCCAACGCCCUGCGUCUCCUGCCAGGCCAGCUCCGGCGCCUUCGAGAGCUGAGAACCAUUUGGCUCUCGGGCAACCUGCUGACCGACUUCCCCCCUGUGCUGCUGCACAUGCCCUUCCUGGAGGUGAUUGAUGUGGACAGGAACAACAUCCGCCACUUCCCCAGCCUGGCUCAUCUGUCGAGUCUGAAGCUGGUCAUUUACGACCACAACCCCUGCAGGAAUGCCCCCAAGGUGGCCAAAGGUGUGCGUCGUGUGGGGAGGUGGGCUGAGGAGGCACCGGAGCCUGCCCCCAGUAAAGGCAAGCACUCUGCACUCGAGAAAAGCCAGGGGACAAAGGCACCUGCCCGGCCGUCUCCACUACCGCCUCCUCCCAAAUUCUGA